GGCAGGGCGCCUAACCAUCCUCUUGGCAUCACAAACUUGUUCUCUUGCACCCAUCUCCCAUCUUUGAAAAAUGCGAUGACAGGAGACCACCAUGCAGCGCUUGAUUGCAUCCCUCCUCGGAUGGGUCUGCUUGGGGGUCGUAUCUGCGGCGGCCCUCAUUCCAGGCAAGGCGUUUGAGCGGUUCAUCACCAUCUGGCUGGAGAACCAGGACUACGCCAAAGUCGCUGCGGACCCCAGCAUCGCCGACCUGAAGAGGCACGGCAUUCUGCUGACUCGGUACUAUGCCCACACCCAUCCGAGCCAGCCAAACUACCUUGCUGCCGUGGGCGGGGACUACUUCGGUCUAAACCACGACGACUUCGUGCGCAUCCCCGAGGGCGUCGCAACUGUGGCCGAUUUGUUGGAGUUCAAAAACAUAUCAUGGGCUGGAUACUUUGAAAACCUGCCCGGUCCGGGCUACAUGGGGAAUUAUAGUGACGGGCCAACCGGCAAUGGCACGUGGGAUUACGUCCGGAAACACAACCCGUUUGUGUCGUAUGACAGCAUCACCGCAAAUGGCGAGCGGCUUUUGAACCUGGGGUCCUUCGACGACUUCAGGCGGGCAUUUGCGGCCAAGAAGGUGCCUCAGUUCGUCUUCAUGUCGCCCAACAUGAUGAACGACGGUCACAACACGACCCUUGACUUUGCGACCAAAUGGUCGCACAAGUUCCUCCAGCCGCUUCUGGAUGGGAAGGCCUUCAAUGAGCGGACGCUGAUUGCAUUGACGUACGAUGAGUCGGAGACGUACAGCGAGCCGAACCACAUCGUGACGCUGCUCCUGGGCAGCGCCAUCCCGCGCUCCCUCAGGGGCACGCGGGACGACACCUUCUACACGCAUUACAGCAUCCUGUCGACCGUCGAGGCCAACUGGGGAUUGCACAACCUGGGCAGGUACGAUGUUGGGGCGAACGUCUUUCAGUUCGUGGCGGACCUGGCCGGCUACACGGAGAACAAGGACCCGGAAAAUGCGCUAGCCGUGAACAAUUCGGUUUCGUAUCCCGGCAUGCUGAACGACGACCCCUCGCGGAGGCUGCCGAUCCCGGCGCCAAACAUCCAGCUGAUCGGUGCAGGCGGCCUUCCGGUUUUACCGUCAAUCGAGGCGGCGUGGUCGGGGCCACGCAAGGUGCAAACACCAUACGACGGCAGCGGCAGGGUGUGCGAUGGGGACAGGAGCCCGCCCACUUACAACGCGCCCGCAGCGAAUUCGCCGUAGAUGGUGCUGUCUAGCUUACUCUAGUCUGGGCUCGAAUAUCAUCACAGCAAGAUGCCGCUCCAUCCAACACGCCCCUGCUUGUUCGUG